CAAAAUCCUCCCAUGCAGAGAUCCGUGGGAUUGUUUCAAAAACGCGAAAACUAAGUAUUUUCUUCUUCUCAGGAAAACGAACGCGUUGUUGACUAUGAUUUAGAAAUUUAUCCUCGGGGUUGUUGUUUGUCAUUUUUGAGGGAGAUCGUGUGCAUGUCGCUACCUGGAUUAGAAUUCUACGAUGUCCACAAUGGAUUUGAGGAGUGAUAUUUCAAAGGUACAUGAUGAGCCUCCAUCGAAAAAGCAGAAGUUUACGGAAAUCAAAGAAGAUGACUUUGAGAAUGUGAGUACCAGUCACUUUGGCCUAAUGUUGAACUUAUGGUGCUAAAAUUGAGCUUCAGAAAUUAACCGUUCCCAUUGCUCUCGAGCUUGGUGAAGAGUCUAGAGAUCUCGAACGUAAGCUAUCAAGUCUUCAAUGAGCAUUGAGGAGAAAAGUUCGCAAACUAAAAUAGAGCCACAGUCAAACUCUUGCAAAAAUGUCUCGCCUCAUCCAAAUGCGAUAUUGCCCAGCCCGCGAAAUGCCAAUGUAAAUGCUGUCUCUACACCCAGUAUGGACACGUGGUAUUUGUGCCGCACGAUGGCCAUCAAGACGGGGACAAGAAAUGCGCGAAAUGCACCAACGUUGAGAAGACUGUUCGAGGACAAUAUGCAGGUGAUCUGCACCAGAAUUCUCAUUAUCAAUAUGCAAUGACUAACAUCCCACAGUGGAAAUCUCAGACCACCUACCCCUUUCACCAGAAGUCCGACACGAUCUCGCAUGCCAUUUUCGAGUAUUUAGAGAAAUUUUAAGUAAGAUGUUUUCAGCCGAGAUUCAAGAUCUGAGGAAGAAGAUGGCGAAGGUGAAGGUAGACAGUAUACAUACGCUACAGGAAGAGAUGUUGAGAUUACAGGUGGAAGUGAAGAUGUCCAAAGCUCAGUUAGAUGAGUUAGAAGUGGAGUUGAAGCGCACUUUCGAGACUGUUUCCAUGGCUGGAGUGGAGGUAUCGGGGGCGGAAAAUGAUUCCUUAAGCACAUGCGGGGAAAAUAUGCCGACGCUUUUGCAUUUGCGGAAGACGGAUGGCUCCAGGGCAGAGCCGCUGAAAGAAGAAAUUAAGAGAUUGGAGAGUGAAAAUGUUAAACUUGGAGAGAAGGUACAGCAGUUGGAGGAGGAAAGCGUGGAUUUCAAAACGUAUGGUUUUCAGAGUGUUCCCAUAAAACUUUUCACUCCAGACCGAAAAUUAGAUUCAAAGUAAGAUUGAUACAUAUCUCUGAAUAUUCAGGUAGAAAAAGAACAAUAGAAUAGCAUUUGUGCUUUUUGCAGCUAGCUUGAGGAGGAAUGAAUCACUUACAGUGUACCAUGGCAAAGUUGUGAA